AUGGACCCUUCCGUUCAGAGGUACCUGACAACAACAUACAUCCAAAGAGGCGAGGGGGAGGUUAAGAAAGGUAUGAUAAACCCACCGGAGGCGUUCCUUCUCACGGCUCUCUACAUCAACGGAUACGGUGUAGACAAGGACACAUCGCAAGCAUUGCGAUGGCUCUUUAACGCAUGGGGAGUGAAACAUCCACUGGCGUCAGCAUACGGAUACAGAAUCGCGCAGGCCAUCGGGCACACACCUGAUAACCUAGAAAGCGUAAUCGAAACCCUUGAACUAAUGGCGCUGCGUGGUUCAAGAACUGCCCUCCAAGAUUUAGCCAUGCUCUCCAAGAGUACCUACGAGAAGACGAAGAAAACUAUCCGUGACGUCCUCGCAGGCACGGGCGCGAAUUUCCUCUUCAAGACAGAAAUGCUUCACGGAUUCGCUCACAAUAUGUGGAUCAGAACCUUUGAAAACAUACCCAUAUUGCUUGAGAACUUUUCUCAGCUCGAUUCCAUCGCCGACUACACAGCCAACAAGAGAGGUGACCGGAUUCUUCAUGUGGCUGCAAGUUGCGGUCAAACGGAAGCCAUCGGGGCUCUACUGAAUCACUUUCCGUCGCUGGAAGUUAAUCAGCUCAACGGUCAAGGCGAGACGCCGCUUCUUUGUGCUUGCCGCGCUGGGCAGUAUGAUACGGUACUGUGGCUCGCUUCCAAUGGAGCAACAGCGUCGGUGGCACUGAAUGGAGAGUCUCCGCUUCACUGGCUGAUAUCCUUUGAUGAUCAGGAGAUCGAAAGCGUUGGCCCAGCACUGAUCCAAGCCGGCGCGGAUGUAAAUGCCAAAACGAGCACAUUCAUCGCUCACCAAGCGGGGUUCCCGGCAUCGCUAGAUAUUGAUCGGCUCCCGGAGGGUCAUCCAAUCGGAUGGGCGACUCAGUGUGACCGUCCCAAAAUUGUCAAGUUCUUGCUGUCCCACACGGCCGAUCCGAGGAUGUGCAAUACAUCGUGGCCUCAAGCAAGAAGUGCACUGGAGAUCGCAGCAUCGCAGCUUCGCUCAGAAUGCCUGGAGUUGAUGAUCCAUGCCAUCGAGCAAUUCAACCUCGAACAAGGGGCAGAAAAACGAGGCGGCUUCUUUGUGACAGGCCUCCUUCAGCAGGCCGUUUACGGCAGCAGUCUAUUUGAUAUGAUCCUAUACCAUGGGCCGAGAUACCGACAGGCGAUGGAAUCAACUUUCCAGUGCCUGUUGCCAAGGACCAGCAGACUUGUCUCCCCUCAAGGCUACGGCGGCUUCAACCAAACCCUUCUAUAUUUGGCUAUCUCGUUAGCCCGAGAUGAAUUGGUUGAAUAUCUCCUCAAGCACGGCGCCGACGUCAUCAAAACUGGGGAAAACUAUGAUGAAGAAGUGCUUCAAUCCCAAGACGUCGGUGCGUUCAAAAUCGCUGACAUUAACCGCGCAUGCGGCGUUGACCUGCGAACGCCGCUGCUAGAGGCCGUUCGAUGGAAUCGUCCCACAAUGGUCAAUCUCCUCCUUGAACAUGAGGCCCAUGCCACGGGAGCUUCCAAGAAUCCUUUCAGUGGACAAGAUUCAACAUGGACCGCUCUCCAUGUUCUUGCGUAUGCAGGACAAAACGAUACGCGACUAGUCCAACCCCUUCUUGACCAUGGCGCGCCCCUCGACGGCUUCCCGGACGAAUGUGGCAGAACCGAAUCCCCACUACUCGUCGCCGUGCAGAAUGACCAGUUCCAACUCGCUGAAUGCUUUGUAUCGCAUGGUGCCGAUAUCAACUUCACCAGCAUGAGCAGUGGCCAUCUGAGCUUCACAAACCCCACGACUAUCUUGGGCCAUGUCAUCGCCUCCAACGCGCGAAAUUCAAUUGCACGACUCCGCUACCUCAUUGGCAGCUCAGACAGGUUGGAAUUCAUCGUCGAGCCAACCCGGCAGUGGACGGCGCUCCACCGCGCCGCAGCCGCUCACAUCGACGCCGAGUUCCGCGGGACAGAUGCAACCGAGGCGGCUGAGCUGGACUGGACUGACAUCGACUGGAGUGCAAACCGCGAGAUCGUGAAUGAGCUACUGUUGCGGUUUAGUGAUCCGGCACAGAUUGAUGCUGUCGAGAAAAGCAUGGGGCUAACGGCGAUACACCUGGCAGUUCUCGCGGGGAAUGAUGCCGCAGUGAAAUUACUUCUUGACAAGGGUGCCCGCGGAGACAUGCCGAGUGCAGGGGGCCAGGGACCGACAGCCGCUGACAUGGCACUUGGAAUACAGAUGGAGAGGUUGUCUGUGAGUCAAGAAGGUGCGCGGCCUGGCGAGGAGGAGGUAGCGGCUCGUAAGAGGUGUAGUGAUCUUCUAAAUCCGCGAGCUCAGCGUGUAGUAUGA